AUGGAGCUGAAGGCAGCCGUCGGAUCGUUCAUCAAUCUCAAUGCCGUGAAGCGUGUGAAGUCAGCUUCCCAAUCUCCUCGUCCCACCUACCCCCCCACACCCCCCUUCCUCCUUUCCCUUUCCCCCCUUCCCCCUCCGCGCCCCUCCGCCCGUCCCUCCCCACCAAGUGCCGGCGAUGAUGGAGCUGAAGGCAGCACUGACGCCGUACAUCAACCUCACGUCGUGAGACUGCCGGCGAUGAUGGAGCUGAAGGCGGCACUGACGCCGUACAUCAACCUCACGUCGUGGACGGCGACGAACCCGUGCUCGUCGUGGUGGCUCAUCACGUGCUGGACCAACGGGCUCGUGCGCCGCAUGGACAUCAGCUCCAAGGCCAUCCAGGGCAACCUGCCCUCCGUCAUCGGCAACCUCACCAGCCUCGAUGAGUUUUUUGCCACCACGAAUUGGUUUAAGGGAUCCCUCCCCGACUCGUUCAGUCGACUCACAGCCAUCAGGAACCUGCAGCUGUUCAAGAACUACUUUGAGGGUCCCAUCCCCAGUUCAUGGGGCAACAUGAAGAACCUCGUGCAGCUGCACCUCAACCUCAACUACUUUUCCGGCGGGCUGCCCGACACCUUCUCGCAGCUGACCAACAUGCAAAAAUUCUAUGUGUCCAGCAACUUGCUCAACUCCUCCUUCCCCACCGUUGUGUGCACCAUGAAGAACCUGCGGGAGCUUCGCCUCAGCUACAACCACUUCACUGGCUCCGUGCCCUCCUGCCUCAGCCAGCUCUCCUACCUCUACUAUCUAUACAUCGACACCAAUAAGCUCACCGGCACUCUCCCUGCCACCAUCGGCGACCUUCCUGCCCUGCAGAACUUGUUCAUCAAUCAGAACAGCCUCAACGGCCCUCUGCCUCCCACCAUCACCAAGCUCACCAACCUGCGCAUCCUCUUCAUGAGCAGCAACCCCUACCUGGAUGGCCCUCUGCCAUCAGACCUGGGCAACAUGGUCAGCCUCACGGACUUCGUGAUGGAGUUUGCAGCCUUCAAUGGCACCAUGCCUGAUUCCAUCACCAAGCUCACUCGCCUCUCCCGCAUUCUGAUGGACAACUGUCGCUUCACGGGCUCCAUCCCACAGGGCAUCAGCAACCUCAAGGCGCUCACUGUGCUGUAUCUGGAGGGCAACCGCUUCCGUGGCAGCUUCCCCGCUGGCCUUCUCACUCUGCCCAAACUCAACCUGCUCAACCUACACGACAACCAGUUCUCGGGCCCACUCCCUUCAGGCUUCUUCAACGCCACCAUAGUGACCGCGGGGCAGAUCAACAUUCACCACAACUACUUCAACGGCCCUGCCACCGUCGUCGCCGGCAGCUCUCCCUUCUGCCCCAAGGACCAGACCCGCAACGGCAUCUUCUACCAGUCGUCCCUCGCAUACAACUGCAUCAAGUAUCCCGCCACCAGUGCAUGCGCGCUCGUGCCCAGGGUCGAGACCCAGCUUUCGCUCACCACUUGCCAGGCGUUCUGUGGCGCUGACGUGGCGCCGUGUGGUGGGCACGGCACGUGCUGGUUUGGGGUUGGGCGGAGUGUGUCGUGUGAUUGUGACCCGGGGUAUGUGCCCACCUUGGAUGGGCUGUCCUGUGUUGCGGACACCUCUGGCGUGGUGAAAUUCCAUCGCGAUCUGCCGGCGACGAAGCAGUACGCGUACGGCACGAGUCAGAAGACGGCGUCGUACCCCGGCCCCACCAUUGUGGCCAAGGUGGGCAUCGACACGACGGUCACGUGGGAGAACCAUCUGCUCGACAACACGCACAUGUUCACUGUCGAUCGCACGGUCAUGAUGGGCAUCAAACUCCCAAAGAAAGGCAUUCCCAUCGUCGCGCAUCGCCACGGCGGCUCUCAGCAGAGCUACUACGACGGCCACCCUCUCGCGUGGUUCACGCAGUACGGCGAGAAAGGCCCCACCUAUUAUUCCAAGAACUACAAGUACGUGAACGACGAGGCGUCGACGGUGUGGUACCACGACCACAUGGCGGGCAUGACGCGGCUGAACGUGGCGGCGGGCAUGGCGGGGCUGUUCAUCAUCACGGACCCAAAGGUCGAGUCCAAGUACACCUGGCUUCCUCCUCCCAGCCGUACGAUCCCGCUCGCCAUCGCAGAUCGGCUGUUUUUCGCCAACGGGUCGAUCAAUUAUCCGAACGUGGGCAUUGUGCCGAAGGUGCAUCCCAACUGGAUUCCCGAGUACCUCGGCAACACCAACAUGGUCAACGGCGUGGUCUGGCCGUACCUCAAGGUUCGCCCGGCGCUUUACCGUUUCAAGGUGCUGGGCGCGUCGAACGCGCGCUUCUACGAUCUGAAAUUCGUUUGCGCGCAGCGCGGCGAUUAUCCCAACUUCGUACCCCCUCUCACGGGCAAGGUCCUUCAGAUGAUCGAGAUCGCUAGCGACGGUGGUUACCAAGAGAAGCCCGUGUACAUGAAUUCGCUGCUCCUCACCCCCGGUGCGCGCCAUGAUAUUCUCGUGGAUUUCUCCAACCUCCCGUCGUCUUGCAAAGACGUCAUCCUCCAAAAUACCGCGCGUGCGCCUUACCCGGGCGGUAUUGCCGCUGACCGCGACACCGGACUUGUCAUGCGCAUCGUGAUCACCAACCGUGGACGUUUCCCCGCCCCUAAAAUCCCCAACCGAAUUUCGUACGUUCCUAGGAUCGACUUCAGGGACGUUCAGAGGGUGCGAUGGCACCGCCUGGUGGAAGAAAUGGAUCCAAAAACGAACCUCCCCAUCCGCGUCACCAUCGACAACUUAGGGUUUAUGGACCCUGUCAGGGACUACCCGAAGCAAGGCACGAACGAGAUCUGGCACAUCAUCAACCUCUCGGCCGACGCGCAUCCGUUCCACAUCCAUUUGAUUGACCACCGUCCGAUCGCCCGCCGCGCGUUUGACGUGGCGGGUUUCCAGGCUGGCAGGUGCUCGUUCCGCAAAUCGGAUAAGAAGCCCGCGUGCUGGACGAGCGGAAGAAUCCCCGUUGAUCCGAUCGAGAGGGGGUGGAAGGACACGACACCUGCGUAUCCCGGUCAGGUGCUCACACUGUGGGCUGGGUGGAAGGAUAACAACGGAAGGCCGCUUCAGUUUGAUGCGUCUGUCGGGCCUGGGUAUGUGUAUCAUUGCCACAUGCUGGAUCACGAGGACAACGACAUGAUGCGGCCGUUCAAGAUUGUGCCGAAUGGUCGCACUGAAUGA